CAAUCAAAACUUGCGCUCUAAAUUUUAAACGUUAACCGGAAGAAACGAUAAUAACCACUGGAGUAUCUCGGUCCUCAUUCUUUUUAUUUUUAAUAUUACUCUUCAUAUUUCAAGAAAAUGGACCUGGGUAGUGACGACCAGACCAAAAUGUACUUUUAUGAGAACAGACUUCAAACAUUCGUUGGGUGGCCGUUUGAAGAGGGCUGCAUUUGCACUCCAGAAAACAUGGCCAAAGCUGGAUUUAUUCACACCCCGUCGGAGAAUAGUCCGGAUAUAGCUCAGUGUUUCUUCUGUCUGAAAGAGCUGGAAGGAUGGGAACCUGAGGAUGACCCCGAGAAAGAGCAUAAAACACAUUCUUCCUCCUGUGAUUUUAUCUUGCUGAAGAAGACAGUGGACAGUCUGACUGUGGAGGAGUUUCUGAAACUUCAGAAAGAGAGACAGAAGUUUAUCGUUAAAAAAUCAUGUACCCAGGCGAUUGAUAAAUUUCAAGAGGCUGUGAAAAUCAAAAGAAACCAGAUCAUCCAGACGGCAAUGGGGGAGGAAUGAAGCGGUUCAGUGAAGGCCAUGCUGACAGCGUUUUGCUGUGAUCCUUUUUUUUUUUUUUUUUUUUUUUUUGUGGAACUCCCUCUUUUCUUACUUUUGUAUGUCAUGGAACGAUACAUGUUCUUUUUAAAUGUUACCUGUGAUGAAAUCUUUGUCCUGUCACCUGUUGAAGUUGAUCUUAUUACACAUAUUUUUCUUACUUUUACAGUAUUUAUUUUAAAAUGAGCUUAAUAAAAAGACUCUCCCAUGGCCUCUGUUAAAAAA